AUGCAUUUCAACCAAUUGGCAACUGUGUCAGAAAUGGCCCUGACUCAUCUAACUCAUCUUCACUCUCUGCUCCUAGCUGCAAACCACCUUGAUAGGAAUUACUUCACCAAUGGAAGAGCCUUCGGGUCACUGAGGAAUCUAAAGGUCCUGGACCUUUCUGCAAAUAAUUUGGACAGUGAUAUGGCAGCCUGGUACUUCAGCAAACUCACCUCUUUAAAGAAACUGGAUCUGUCCUGGAACAAGAUGACCAGGCUGCCAGGGAGCAUCUUCCAGGGAACUCUAAAGCUGAGAGAGAUCAACCUUAACAAUAACUACAUCACGGAAAUAGAGGAAGGAGCUUUUGAAGCUCUAUUAAAUCUAAAAGUGGUGAAUUUAGCCAUGAAUUCCCUUCACUGUAUCUCGGGCUUCAGCCUCACACAGCUGCAAGUUUUAAAUCUCAGUUACAAUGCCCUGGAGUUCUUUGUUACGGAGGAGAGAAAGGAACACUACCAGCUUCAGGUGCUAGAUCUGAGUCAUAACAAACUGAUCUACUUUCCAGAGCUCCCCAAGGUGCAUCGCCUCACACACUUAAACCUCUCUGAUAACGCCAUGGUCUCUUUGGCUCCAAGUUCCACCAAUACAACAGAGUUCAGACUGCAGUAUGAUGAGAUGGCAAGACCUAACAUAUCCUUGAAUAUUUACAAUGCAGCAGCUAGACUGUCAAAGAUAACUGACUUAGAUCUCAGCAGUAACCUGUUGUAUUUGUUCCCAGUUACUUUCCUUCACAAUCUGAGCUCCCUCCAGAAUCUCAAUAUGGCUAAGAACUGUCUCCAUAAUAUAGCUGUGGAGUCAUCUCCUGGUGAUAUGGAAAGCAAGGAGCCAGGCGUGAUACAUGACAAUGCCUUUCUGUCGGUGCGAUCACUGGAUCUUCAAGGCAAUUUCAUUCAUUCCUUGCCAAAGUGGUUUUUUGGUAUUCUGCCCAAACUGGAAACACUUGACCUUGGUUCUAACAGCCUCCAGCCUUGUGAGAGCCAGAAUGCUAAUAAAAGAGAGAUCCCAAUAGGUCAUAACUCAGCUCAAAGAGGUAACUGUACAUCCUUCUGUGACAUACCGCAGCUGAAGUAUCUGAGUUUACGUAGGAACAACAUUGUGAGGCUAUAUCCUUACAUGUUCAACCAAACCUCUUUGGUCUCCCUGGAUCUGUCUGAGAAUGAAGACUUGUUCAUGCCAAAAGGAGCUCUGGAGGGUCUGGAAUUCUCUUUGCAGAAGCUCUCUCUGAGAGGAAAUCAGAUGGACAACAACAAGACAGAGUUCCCUUGUCUGAAGAUGCUGAAAAAGUUGGACGUGUCAGACAACAAGUUGAGUCUUUUGCCCCCUGAUCUUGUCUGCUCUCCACUGGAAAAUCUGGACAUUCGCAAUAACAAUCUCCAGGCCUUAGAGAAACCUGCCACCGUGAGAUGGUCCAGCAGCCUCAAUCAGCUGAAUGUUGCUGGCAAUCCCUUUAGCUGUUGUGCACUGAGCUGGCUGGAAAUUCUACAAGCUGCCCAUGUGAGUGUGUUGGAUCUGAAUGAAACUCUGUGCUCUUAUCAGGACAAGAACAGGAACUUCUCAGCUAAGAUAGCCAACAAGACCACGUGGCUUUGUCCUCAUCAGAUAGGAAAUCGCUACCUGAUGGUAUUGAUGGUGGUGGUGAUCACUCUUUGUUUUCUGUUUCUCAGCUGUGGGAUAUGCUGUCGUCUGAAAAAGAGUCAGAAGCUGUCAAAGUAUCUGGGAUUCAGAAGCAACAGGGUGGACCCCAUUCCUUAUCAUCCAAAUAAGGAAAAGAGAACUGAACAGAUAGCAAUAGACCGAGUUACAGAAGUAUAG